AUGGUAUCAUCCGACACAGAUCCCUGGUAUCGAUAUCGGUUCGCCAUGGUACGUAAGUUUCUGCGAACUUUUCUUAAUCCGACGGACUUUUACGCUGCCCAGCGGCCAGUGCUGCGGGUAUCCUUCCUCACCGGGAUGACACCGUUCACUGUGGUCAAGGGUCCGACGGAGCUGAUGAUGUUGCGGUGCACCCCGUUCGGGUACAUCAAUACCAGCCUGCACGUGAUCCUGUUCUGCAGUUGCUACGUGGGCGCGUUGCUGAAGGGUGAAACUAUAACGCGGUUCUUCUUUCAAACCGACAUCAGCACGCUGGGCGAUGUGCUGCAGUUCACCAUCGGUAUCACGGCGCUCGUCAUGACGUUCUUCUGCAGCAUCUUCCAGCGUAAUAAGUUGAUCAAUGCGUUCCACGCGCUGGCUAGCAUCGAUCGGCGGUUCAAGGAAAUCGGUUUGGAGACAAACUAUAAGAGCACGCUGCACUACAACCUGCUGGUGAUGUGCACGAAGGUGAUAAUCUCCUCGGCGUAUCUGCUGCUGUGUUUGGCCGUGUUCAUCUCCUCCAGCACGUACCCGAAUCUGACUACCUGGAUCUCGUUCCUAAUGCCGUACUUUAUGAUGUCCAUGGUGAUCGUGGUAUUUCUGUGCUUUGUGAACCAAACCAAGCACCGCUUCCAUCUGCUGAACAAGGUGCUGAAGCAUCUCCGCCAGGCGGUGCUCGAGAAGCGUGUCUCGCCCCAGCGUCGGCUUAGCUACUGGCAUGCCAUCAAGAUCCAGCGUCCGCUCGGGAUUGCGUCCGUCUACUCGAACAACGACAAAUCGAUGCCGGACGUGGUAACCGCCGUGGCCAACAUCCAGGACGCGCUGUGCGAAGCGUGCAGCUACGCCGAGGAUUACUUCACCAUCCAAAUGCUCACGAUCGUGACGAUAGUGUUUGUGAUUAUCGUGUUUAACUCGUACUACGUGCUGGACGCCUUAAUCGGGUCUACCUCGAACGACACGUCGUUCUCCAAGAGUCAGUUCGCCGUGUUCUUCCUCGGUCAAGCCAUCGUUUACGGUUUCGGGGUGUUCAACAUCGUGUACGGCAGCAGCUCGUUGGUGCGGGAAAACGACAACAUCGGCGUCAAUGUGCACAAGCUGCUGAACGUGGCGACUGGGACGGACGGCGAGCUCGCCGCCAAGCUGAUGCAACUGUCGCUCCAGAUGGUCCACCGCAAGGUGCGCUUUUCUGCCUGUGGAUUAUUUAGUUUGGAUUUUACGUUAAUUUUCACGUUGGUGGGCGCUGCGACAACUUAUUUGGUCAUACUGAUACAAUACGAGCUGAGCAUGGACGAGAACAGGCACCAAAACAUUGCCAGAGCGUUUUUAGGGAACGAAACAUGGAACAAAUGA